AGUCACAGUGCACAACUGAACUGAAGAGAGAACGCGAUUGACAAUGUAAGACCUUAGUUCUAGUGCAACAAACCUCACUUCUAACACCCUUUGUUCGUGUUUACAUGGCAUUCAGAACUGGAAAAUAACCAGUCGUCGUGAGGAAUGUAGGAAAAGUGAAAUAAUCACUUUUUAAAAUGAUGCGAGGAUAUAGACUGACUCCCAUCUCCAACACUACUCUGUCAUUCUGUGGCACUGAUAACUCCUCAGCGUAUAAGGUUGAUAAUGGCCUACUUAAUAAUGGCUGCUUUUUGGAUGCUCUAGGUGUUGUCCCUCAUGUUUUUCUGCUUUUCAGCACCUUUCCCAUCCUCUUUAUUGGCUGGGGGAGUCAGAGCUCUAAGGUUCACAUUCACCACAGCACGUGGCUUCACUUCCCGGGCCAUGAGUUUCGCUGGCUGCUUACCACUGUUCUACUCUUUGUGCUGGUGUGUGAGAUUGCUGAGGGAAUCGUCUCAGAUGGGUUUAAUCAGUCCCGUCAUCUCCACCUCUACAUGCCAGCAGGGCUCGGAAUGCUUGCUGCAAUAACCUCAAUCGUCUAUUACCAUAAUAUAGAGACCUCCAACUUCCCCAAGCUACUUAUAGCAUUGCUGAUCUACUGGACUUUGGCCUUUACCACCAAAACCAUCAAGUUUGUGAAGUAUGAUGGUCAUGGAAUUGGCCUGAGGCAGCUGCGUUUUUGCAUCACAGGACUGUUGGCGCUCAUCUAUGGCCUGCUACUGGGUGUAGAGUUCAAUGUAAUACUGCAGAGGCGCUACAUGUGGUUUACACAUCCCACAGAGGUGAAGCCUCCUGAUGAUCUCCAGGAUCUGGGUGUUCGGUUCCAGCAGCCUUUCGUGAACCUGCUGUCUAAGAGCACAUACUGGUGGAUGAACACCUUCAUCACCUCCGCACACAAGCGUCCAAUAGACUUGAAAACCAUUGGCAAGCUGCCUAUAUCCAUGAGGGCUCUUACCAACUACCAAAGGCUCCGCAAAGCCUUCAAUUCACAAAUGGAGAAGUGCCCUGUGCCCCUGAAAGGGCAGAGGUGGAUCUGGUGUGCUUUGCGUCAGGCAUUCAGCAGACCUCUGGUGCUAAGCAUUACUUUCCGCUUCUUGGCUGAUCUGCUGGGCUUUGCUGGUCCACUCUGCAUCGCUGGGAUUGUUCAUCAUAUCAGCAGUGACAACCACACCUCUCUGCCUCCGGUGAAGCUGCUUGGAGUGCACUUCAUUUCCUCUGAAGCUUUCUUAGCAAAUGCAUAUGUUCUUGCUGUGCUGCUCUUCCUGGCCCUGCUGCUACAGAGAACCUUCCUACAGGCGUCUUACUAUGUCGCCAUAGAGACUGGAAUAAAGCUCAGAGGGGCCAUACAGACUAAAAUUUACAAUAAGAUUAUGCGUCUGUGCACCUCUAACAUGUCUAUGGGUGACAUGACCACUGCCCAGAUCUGCAGUCUGGUGGCCCGGGAUACCAACCACCUCAUGUGGUUCUUUUUUCUCUGUCCCAACCUCUGGGCCAUGCCGGUUCAGAUUGUCAUUGGAGUUAUUCUCCUGUACUACCUGUUGGGAGUGAGUGCUCUGAUUGGUGCGACCGUCAUCACUGUUUUGGCCCCUCUGCAGUAUUUUGUGGCCACUCGACUCUCACGUGCUCAGAAGAGCACUCUGGAAUACACCAGUGAGAGACUGAAGAAAACCAAUGAGCUGCUGAGGGGAAUCAAGCUCCUGAAGCUGUACGCAUGGGAGCAUAUCUUCAGAUCCAGUGUGGAGGACACUCGCAGAAAAGAGCUGAUCAACCUCCGAACAUUUGCACUCUACACCUCCCUCUCCAUCUUCAUGAAUGCUGCCAUCCCAAUUGCUGCUGUUCUCACAAUAUUUGUGGUUCAUGUGCACAUGCACAGUGCCACAGACUUCGAUCUGUCCCCCGCUGUGGCCUUCGGCUCUCUCUCACUCUGCCACAUCCUGGUCACGCCCCUCUUCCUGCUCUCCAGUGUCUUACACUCCACUGUCAAAGCUCUUGUAAGUGUGCAGAAACUGAGUGAAUUCCUUAGCAGUGCAGAGAUUGAAACUGAUAAGGAGCCUAUAGUCCAAACCCCAGAAAACAACCAUGGCAACAUUAAGUCUGUUUAUGCAUUACAGCUUCAGGCCAAGCUGGUGAAUCGUAAGUACAAAGCCAAACAGGACGUUAACAAGAACUUUCAGCAGCAAGACCAGGAACUGAUGGAUUCAGUUUCCCAGGAGGAGGAAGUCUGUAUUAAGAUUGUAAAUGGCUACUUCACAUGGACACAGGGAUGCCCAACUUUAACCAAUAUUGACAUAAAGGUUCCCUUCGGUCAGCUGACGAUGAUCGUAGGGCAGGUAGGAAGUGGGAAAUCCUCUCUUUUGUUGGCUGCGCUGGGAGAGAUGCAAAAGGUUUCCGGAAAUUUAACAUGGAACAGUUUACCCAACAGUGAUUCAGAAGAUAAUGUGAGGAAGAGAGGUUCAGUAGCCUAUGCUUCUCAGAGGCCUUGGCUCUUAAACGCCACAGUUGAGGAAAACAUCCUGUUUGACAUGGCCCCCAAUGUGAAGAGGUAUAAAGAAGUGAUUGAGAUCUGCCAGCUACAACCAGAUAUUGAUACACUACCACAAGGUGAUCAAACAGUGAUUGGAGAAAGGGGAAUCAUUCUUUCUGGAGGCCAGCGUCAGCGAAUCAGCAUAGCUCGAGCCCUUUAUCAGCGGACCAAUGUGGUCUUCCUGGAUGACCCAUUUUCAUCUCUUGACAUUCACCUUAGUGAUCACCUCAUGCAUGAAGGAAUUGGCAAGUUCCUUCGACAGGAAAAGAGGACUGUUGUCUUGGUUACUCACAAACUGCAGUACUUACCUCAUGCAGACUGGAUAAUAGCCAUGAGAGAUGGGACAGUGCAGACUCAAGGGACAUUAAAGGACAUCCAGUGUGCCGAACCUGAUUUGUUUGAACAGUGGAGAACCCUAAUGAACAGACAGGACAAGGAAAACAGUACAGAAUUGAAGAGAAAGAGUUUCAGGAGGGCCAUGUACUCUAGAGAUACCCUGGCCACAGAGGAUGAGGAUGAAGACAGCUCCACCACUACAGAUGAAGAAAGCCUCAGGGCGGAGCUGCGUUACAGGACCACCAUUCCCUGGAGUUUGUUUGCGACAUACCUGAGAGCUGCGGGCCUGUUACUGAUUCCUCUACUCGUUCUCUCUCAGAUCACUAAACACUCCCUCAUGGUUGCCAUAGACUUCUGGCUCGCUCAUUGGACAUCACACGUCAUAGCAGCACAGAUCGAAAGUGCUGAGAGGAACUGUACCAUAACACAGGACUGUGAGUUCAGUCACUCAUCAUACCUACAGGUGUUCUGUGUAUUGUGUGGUUUGGGUAUAGUGCUGUGUCUGGUCACUUCUCUGGCAGUGGAGUGGACAGGCUUACGGGUGGCCAAAGAACUUCACUGCAGCCUUCUCCGCAUCAUUGUACUCGCACCCAUGAGGUUGUUUGAGACGACUCCACUGGGGAACAUUCUAAACAGAUUCUCAGCCGAUACCAACACAAUUGAUCAGCAUAUUCCAGUCACCAUGGAGUGUUUGAGUCGCUCCACUCUGUUGUGUGUGUCUGCUGUGGGCGUCAUCGCUUAUGUCACGCCCGUCUUUCUCAUCGCUCUGCUCCCAUUGGCUACCGCCUGUUACUUCAUACAGAAGUAUUUCAGGGUAGCAUCCAGAGACCUGCAGCACUUGGAGGACAGCACUGAGAUGCCUCUACUGUCCCAUUACUCACAGACCAUAGAGGGACUGACCACUAUCAGAGCUUUCAGGCAUGAGCAGAGGUUUAAGAAGAAACUGCUAGAAUACACAGAUGCAAAUAAUAUCUCCUCCCUCUUCCUCAUGUCAGCCAAUCGCUGGCUGGAGGUUCGCAUGGAGUACAUUGGGGCUUUUGUGGUGCUCAUAGCUGCUGUUGCCUCUAUAACCAAUGCUUUAUACAGUCAGCUUUCAGCAGGACUGGUGGGUCUGGGGCUCACCUAUGCCCUCAUGGUGUCAAACUACCUCAACUGGAUGGUGCGUAAUCUGGCAGAUAUGGAGGUGCAGCUGGGCUGCGUGAAGAGAGUCAGCAGUCUGUUACACACAGUGCCAGAAAGCUACGAUGGACUCAUUACUCCUGCUCAGGUUCCUGCAGGGUGGCCGAAAUACGGUGAGAUCCAGAUCAAGAACUUGAGCGUGCGCUACGACAGCAGCUUGAAACCUGUACUAAAACAUGUCAAUGCCCACAUCAAACCAGGACAAAAGGUGGGAAUAUGCGGAAGGACAGGAAGUGGAAAGUCGUCCUUUUCUUUGGCCCUCUUCAGAAUGGUGGACACAUUCGAGGGGCAAAUUGUCAUAGAUGGCAUUGAUAUUUCCAAGCUGCCUCUGCAGACUCUACGAUCAAAGUUUUCUAUCAUUCUACAAGAUCCUAUUUUAUUCAGUGGAACAAUUCGGUUUAAUAUAGAUCCAGAGAGAAAGGCCACAGAUCAAAUGCUCUGGGAGGCUCUUGAAAUUGCUCAGCUAAUGCCAGUCGUUAAAGCUCUACCUGGUGGCCUAGAUGCCAUGGUUACAGAGGGAGGAGAGAACUUCAGCCAGGGGCAGAGACAGCUCUUCUGUCUGGCUCGAGCGUUUGUGAGGAAGAGCAGCAUUCUUAUUAUGGAUGAAGCAACAGCGUCUAUUGACAUGGCCACAGAGAGUAUUCUGCAGAAAGUUGUCAUGACAGCAUUUGCAGAUCGAACAGUGGUCACAAUAGCACAUCGUGUUCACAACAUCCUGGGCUCAGACGUGGUGAUUGUGAUGAAGCAUGGGGCCAUUUUAGAGUAUGAUGAACCUGAUGUCCUACUGGAGCAGAAGGACAGUGUUUUCUCUGCAUUUGUUCGAGCAGACAAAUGACAAUGAUGAUAUUUGGAUAGAUAAUUUGGAUUGUGUAUGUUUUGUAUGGCAUGUAUAAUAUUUGUAUAGGACGUAUAUUGUAAAAUAUUAAAAUUAUAAAUUAUGAAAUACAUAUUGGUGAUCUGUAGACAAAUUGGAUUUUAGUGUCUGAACUUCAGAUGUUAAAAACAAAUUGUAGCAGCGGUGACUUGGCUUCAGUGUAGUGUGUAAUCUGAUUACAAAGUAUUUAGUUACUGAAAUCUAAUAAUUUAAGCCAAAAAAAUAGUGAAAUUAGAUUUUAAGUUCUUGUAAUCAGAUAACACUUACCAAAU